GGAAAAAGGAUAGUGCUUUUAAAAAAAUUUAAAAAGGGUGACAUAACCAAAUGAAAAAGUAAAGCAAUGCCUCAGUGCUGCAAGGAACCUGUAUUGUUUUAUCCCUCCCUCCGCUCCCAAUUCAUCACUCGGCUCCGACGACGUCACCUCCACUUAUCUCUUCCAUUUCACCUCGCCGGGAAAAAUAUUCCGAUCCUAACCUCACGGAAUAUUCCCCUUCUCGAUGGAAAAUGACGUCAAGGUGGACGAGAAAGUUGAAGAAGCCGACCGCCUUCUUCCUCCCCAUUCUCUCCCCUCCAAUUCCGACGACGAAGAAUCAGAGGUCGCCUUCGAUGCCAGAGAUAAGAUCGUGAUCGUCGAUUUCGAAUCCGCCGACGAUCCCUCCGCCGCGGCACCUCCUUUCUCGUGGCGGAAACUAUGGUUGUUCACCGGUCCAGGCUUCCUGAUGAGCAUAGCGUUCUUAGAUCCGGGGAAUCUAGAAGGAGAUCUGCAAGCUGGUGCCAUCGCUGGCUAUUCUCUGCUUUGGCUCUUGAUGUGGGCCACCGCCAUGGGGCUACUGAUCCAGAUGCUCUCCGCUAGAGUCGGUGUCGCCACCGGUCGACAUCUGGCUGAGCUCUGCCGCGACGAGUAUCCGACUUGGGCGAGGUAUGUGCUUUGGUCCAUGGCGGAGAUUGCUCUGAUCGGAGCUGAUAUUCAAGAGGUUAUCGGCAGUGCGAUUGCGAUUCAGAUUCUCAGCCGUGGCGUCUUGCCGCUUUGGGCCGGUGUUGUCAUUACGGCCUCGGAUUGUUUUUUAUUUUUGUUUCUAGAGAAUUAUGGUGUGAGGAAGCUAGAAGCUAUGUUUGCAGUUUUGAUUGCAACUAUGGGUUUGUCUUUUGCUUGGAUGUUUGGUGAAACCAAGCCAAGUGGAAAAGAACUUAUGAUAGGUAUUUUACUUCCAAGGCUUAGCUCAAAGACCAUUAGGCAAGCAGUAGGUGUUGUUGGCUGUGUCAUAAUGCCUCACAACGUGUUUUUGCAUUCGGCUCUUGUACAGUCGAGGCAAAUCGACCCAAAGAGGAAAUCAAGGGUUCAAGAGGCGCUGAACUACUAUUUGAUCGAGUCUUCGGUCGCACUUUUCAUCUCCUUCAUGAUUAACUUGUUUGUAACCACCGUCUUUGCAAAAGGGUUUUACGGAACCGAGAAAGCUAAUAACAUUGGCUUAGUUAAUGCUGGUCAGUAUCUUCAAGAGAAGUUUGGUGGUGGGCUUCUCCCGAUUCUAUAUAUCUGGGGAAUCGGGUUGUUAGCAGCAGGACAAAGCAGUACGAUUACUGGUACAUAUGCUGGACAGUUUAUAAUGGGAGGGUUUCUGAACCUUCGGCUUAAGAAAUGGAUGAGGGCAGUGAUAACAAGAAGCUGUGCUAUUGUGCCGACCAUGAUUGUGGCAAUCGUGUUCAACACUUCCGAAGCUUCCUUGGAUGUUUUGAAUGAAUGGCUCAAUGUGCUUCAGUCUGUACAGAUUCCUUUUGCUCUUCUCCCUCUUCUAACGUUGGUAUCCAAAGAAGAAGUUAUGGGAGACUUCAAGAUUGGCCCUGUUCUCCAGAGAAUAGCGUGGACGGUGGCUGCACUUGUAAUGAUCAUCAAUGGGUAUCUUCUGUUGGAUUUCUUUGUAUCAGAAGUGAACGGUUUUAUGUUUGGUGUUACGGUCUGCGUCUGGACAACUGCUUAUGUUGCAUUUAUAGUCUACCUCAUCUCACACAGCAACUUUUUUCCUUCUCCUUGGUCUUCCUCCUCCAUUGAACUUCCCAAAAGAGUGACAGUCUCAGAUAGCUAGCUGCACAAAAAAAUAACUGCUCUCUGGCGGUUCGACACAUUUUGAAGAUACGGUAAACAAACUUGGGGGGAGUAAAGAUUUAUUUAGCAUAGCUUUUUGCGAAUGUGACAACACAACCAUCUUUGUUGUACCUUUUUUUUUUUUUUUAAGGAUGUGCAAGUAAAGUGAUGCUCCAAUAUGAUCUAAAGAGGCUUUUACA